UGGGUAUUGAGGUUGGGCAAUGUUUAGUGAUCAAGGACUCUGAUGGUGAUUUCACGGUUACUGCCUUUGACGCCAAUCAUUGCCCAGUGUAGUGACAACUGACGGAAUUGUUGAGUUACCAAGUUGCGGAAGUUGUGUCAAGGUGACCACCUCAUUUCAGUUUUACGACGUGAGCAAUACUUGGUGUUCUCCUCUCUUGGUCCUAGGCGGAUCCUUUUACUUUAGUUAGGUCAGUACUAGGAGCUCAUCCCGGGAUGAGCUGCUGCUCUUAUGCAACAGUCCUAUCUAUUAGCUAGGUGACUCAUGCUUAUGUAUUAUUAUGUGGGAAUUUCAUUCUUUUUCUAAUCCGCUCUAUGGAGAUUUUUUGAUGUUUUUUUCUGUCUAGCUCUUUUUGGCUCCUAAGGUGAUGCUGAUGGGAGAAAAAUUCUCAUAUUUGCAGAAGUCUCAUGUUUGUGGAUGGAGCUCUGAUGUUCUUGUAUGAAGGCAAAUUUGGAAACAUCCUGCAUACAGGAGAUUGCAGACUCACGAUUGAAUGUUUGCAACAAUUACCCCUAAAGUAUGUGGGCACCCCAGGAAAAGAACCGAAGUGCCAAAUUGAUUGUAUUUUCCUUGAUUGCACAUUUGGUCGGUCUCCAUUGAAGAUGUCCAGCAGGCAGUCAGCAAUCCAACAGGUCAUCAAUUGCAUAUGGAAGCACCCUCAGGCUCCUACAGUAUAUCUGACGUGUGAUCUUCUUGGCCACGAGGAGAUUCUUGUGCAUGUUUCACAGGCAUUUGGUUGCAAGAUAUAUGUUGAUAAAGUUAAAACUCCAGAAUGCUUUCAGGCUUUGGAACUAAUGGUGCCUGAAAUCUUGUCUGAAGACUCAUCUUCUCGUUUUCAAUUGUUUGAUGGGUUUCCGAAACUGUACCAAAGAGCUGAAGCCAAGAUCUCAGAGGCUCGGUCUGCUUGUCAGCAUGAGCCUCUAAUUAUUCGACCAUCAGCACAGUGGUAUGCAUGCGAUGAUGGUAUUUCGGAUAUUGAGGGGCGGAAAAAAGAAAGAUGUGAUCAACCAGUGAGAGAUAUAUUCGGUGUCUGGCAUAUUUGUUACUCCAUACACUCAUCGAAGGAAGAACUGGAGUGGGCUUUGCAACUUCUUGCACCUAGGUGGGUCGUCUCUACAACAGCUAGUUGCAAGGCUAUGGAGCUGGAUUAUGUGAAGCGUUGUAUUAAUCAACAUCGGAAUUUUGAUGACCCUUUCUGGCAACUUUUGGGGUUUACUGUGGACGUGGAAUCUGUAGUUGAUGCAGCAACAGCUCCAGAUGUGGUUGAGGUUUCAAGAUCACCUUUGGCCGAGAGCAAUGCUCAAGAUUAUGCAGACAACUCCCAGUCGACGACGACAUCUUUUAGCAUUUAUAGGCAGUCACAUCUUUCUCCUCCAAGCAAACCAGCCCCAGUAACAUUAUUUGGUAGGGCGAGGCUUGGGCUCGACGCUUCUUAUUUCAAACAUGAAGAGAAGGAGCCUAUACUUCCAGAUAAUGAUUCUGUAUUGAGAGGUUCUGACGAGUUAGAGGUUAUUUCAUUUAAGGAAGAAGUUGAAGUGGAAGAAGGUAAGACCUUGACAAUAAGUGAAGGUUUAGACAUUAGGAGUAAAGAGAUCUUGAUGCAUACAGAAACAGAGUAUUGUAGACAUAUUUCUGAGUCAGCUGUUGGAUUGUCGAAGAGUUAUAAUCCAAGUUUGAGAAAAAUAUACCGCUCUAUGAAUGUGAGAGUGCCUCGACCCCUCCCUUCAUUGACAGAGCUUAUGAAUGAGACCAAGCGUGCUAGGAGAAGGCUGUAAGUUCUGCUUUUUCCUGGCAUCCUCUAUUUGUUAGUUUCUCCAUUUCAUUCUCCACCCUCAUUAACUUCCAGACAUUGAUACCAAGUACAUCAUUGUUUACAGAAAAAGAUACAUGUGUAUAGCAUAUAUUCCAUACACCUACUCUUUACCUUCCCUUAUACAGGCUGCUGCUGUGUACACUGAGACCUUAUUACCUGCCUAUUGUAUAUUGUUGUACAUCAUAAUUUUAUAUGCAACAUUUUAUGGUAUACUGAAACAGACAUUGCAAUAUUCUUGUGGAUGACUCCAUUCUAUUCAAUGUGGAAUGUAUUUUUUGUUUACU